GUUUUUCAUCGUCGACGGUAGUUUUUGCUAAUAGUUAAACAUUAAACAAAGAAUGAGCGCACACAUGUACAAGUAUAUUAAAGUGUAUCGGUUAUAGUCGUGUAUAAUGUGUGUGAUGACGACAAACUACGCUCAACAGUUCUAAUUUCCGUUUCUACUUCAAUAAGUAUCUGCAAAUGUGUAUUUAGUAUCAUUUAUAUGCGUAAAUGUAGUAUAUUUUGUAUGUAUGUGAGUUAGAGCUUGCGAUAAAGCAGUUUUGAAAGGAAAUACUGCUACGUUUUGCAAAUAGGCAAAAUACUAAGAAAUACCUGCAGAAAUGGAACACCCUGUACAUGUAAUAUAAAUUAUCCCAUAAUAAAGAGAGGGAGAUACAAAUAUGAUAAACAAAGAUGGAGAAACGAACUUAACCUCACAUAACCUGGCCUUUUUAAUGCUAUUAGUAGUUACAAUUUUAUAGUAAAAUCAAAAUCACAAUUCUAAAAAAGAAGAGUUAAACAAAAUAAAUAGAUUACACAUUUUUUUUGGCUUGGUACUUAAUUAGUUGUAACAUUAUUUAGAAGUUUUAGUUAUGUUAGCAUAUCCUUCAAAGUUUGUGAAUAAUGAUCUACAAAAGUAUAAGAAGAAAGCCCAAGAAGCAGAACUAGAAAUUAAGAAUCUGAAGGGACAGUUGGAUGUCUUAAAAACAUCAAUCCAGAAAGGCACAGCUGUGGAAACUGGAGAUGAAGAGUUAACUACUUUAAUAACUAAAAAUGUAAAAUUAAAGCAUAGACUGGCAAUCCUAAAUAGAGCUAUUGCAGAGCAGUCAGUUAAAGCUGCAAACACUCUAGAUAACACCAUGACAAGUAUUUAUGAUAAACUUUCAACCAUAUUCUCAGCAGCAAUAUCUGCUGCAUUCCCGGAUAUUCCAGAUGCACCUGUUGUUAUUGCAUUAUCUGGCAAUAAUCCAAAGUUUGGGGACUAUCAAUGCAAUUCAGCAAUGCCCAUUGCAAAUUUAUUCAAACAGCAAGGGAAAAAGAUACCACCUCAGGAAAUAGCCAAGCAGAUUGUAGAGCAGGUCCCUCAGACUGAUAUUAUUGAUAAACUUGAAAUAGCUGGUCCAGGUUUUAUAAACAUUUUCCUUAGCAAAUCCUAUGCAAGUCAUAUACUUCAAAAUGUUUUAAAGUAUGGAGUGCUACCUCCCCUUCUAAAAAAGAAGUUACGAGUAGUGGUUGAUUUCUCUUCUCCUAAUAUAGCUAAAGAAAUGCAUGUGGGACAUUUAAGAUCAACUAUAAUUGGAGAUGCUAUAGCAAGACUCUUGGAAUAUUUAGGAUAUGAUGUGCUGAGAAUCAAUCAUAUUGGAGACUGGGGCACACAAUUUGGAAUGCUUAUUGCUCAUUUGAAGGACAAAUAUUCUGAUUAUUUAAACAGGAUGCCGCCACUUGAAAAUUUGCAAAAUUUUUAUAAAGAAUCCAAAAAACGAUUUGAUGAUGAUCCAGAAUUCAAGAAACGAGCAUAUGAAUGUGUUGUCAAAUUGCAGUCUAAGGAACCAGAUUAUAUUAAAGCAUGGGAAAUGAUUUGUGAUUUGUCUAGAAAAGAAUUUCAGAAAAUUUAUGAUCGUUUAGAUAUUAAGUUAACAGAAAUGGGCGAAUCGUUUUAUCAGACACAUAUGGAAGAUGUAGUUAAAUUAUUAGAAAACAAAGGUCUUCUAGAAAACGAUAAUGGUCGCAAAAUAAUGUGGGGCGACAAGGAAAUUCCCAUGACUAUAGUUAAAUCAGAUGGGGGAUUUACCUACGACACUUCUGAUAUGGCAACGAUUAAGUAUCGUAUUGAUGAAUUGAAUGGCGACUGGCUUAUUUAUCUCACCGACGCUGGUCAAGCAACACAUUUUCAACUCCUUUUUAAAUGUGCCGAAAAUGCAGGAUUUUUUGAUAAAAAGAAAGUCAGACUUGAUCAUGUUACUUUUGGCGUAGUUUUAGGAGAAGAUAGGAAAAAAUUUAAAACGCGAUCGGGGGACACUGUAAAAUUAAUAGACCUAUUGGACGAAGGAUUAAAAAGAGCUCUUGAUAAGCUGAAGGAGAAAGAGAGAGAUAAGGUUUUAACUCCAGAGGAAUUAAAGCAAGCCCAAGAAGCAGUGGCUUACGGCUGUAUAAAAUACGCUGAUUUAUCCCACAACAGAAAUCAUGAAUAUGUCUUCUCAUUUGAUAAAAUGUUAGAAGAUAAGGGUAAUACAGCGGUGUAUUUGUUAUACGCUUACACUCGUAUUAGAUCAAUAGCGAGGAACGCUAAUAUUGAUUCGGAAAAAAUGAAGGAGCUCAUUGAAAAGCACAAUGUUUCUUUAGAUCACGAAAAAGAAUGGAAGUUAGGGAAGGUUCUACUUCGUUUUCCUGAUGUACUUUUUAAAAUUACUGAAGACUUAUGUUUACAUCAUCUUUGCGAAUACUUGUACGAAAUAUCGUGUGCUUUUACUGAAUUUUAUGACUCUUGUUAUUGUAUUGAAAAGGAUAGCUCUGGAGACAUUGUUAAAGUUAACGUGGGAAGAAUUUUGCUUACUGAAGUAACAGCUCUUAUUAUGGCAAAAUGCUUCGAUAUAUUGGGUGUAAAACCUGUUUCAAAGAUGUGAAUAAUAACAAGAUGCUUUUCCCUA